CGAGAACCUGCCGCCAUACGCACUUCCGUGGGAAGGUUGAACCAGACAGGUGGAGGGAGAGCGCCAUGGGAACGAGGGAGGUGUACGAACAGAAGCUUCGAUCAGGAAACCUUUACCAUCAACCGACCAUUAAUCCUGGCCUCGGUUCCGCACGCUGCCCGCGUUGCUUCUCUCUUGUGAAUCCUGAAUCGGAAGCAGGGGACUGGACUAUAACGACUGUUUUGCAUGAUGCAACUGCAGUGGCUGGGUCGGGUGCUGGAGGAAUGCUUAGUGCCAUUCAUGGUCUCAAUCAAGGGAUGCCUUAUAUUCGCAAUCGAGUGAAAGGACCUAUGUGGUUGCAUCUAGUUCUGGGGCUUCCCCCAAUUUUGCUGUAUUCUGCUGCAGGUGCUGUGCUUGGAGGAUAUGCGCUUCCUAGAUUUGCACAAUGUAGUGUGACAUCGUACUAUGCUGCAUCAAGUGCAUCUCAUUAUGCUAUAUCUCAGUUAACACGACGUGUUGAAGGAGUAGGAUCUGGUACACAGCACGAAAAGCCAACAUGAGUGCUUGCAUAUUCUUUGUCACAAAUGAUGUAAUUAGGUGGGACAUUAUCUUUGCAAGCAAGGAGGGAGGUGAUGAGGGUGUCAAUAGCAACCGUAGCUAGUUGUUUGCUGUCAUUAGCAUUCUGAUUAACUGGGUUAGCUAUUGUCAAGCUAAACUAUGUUGCUAUUGAUUUCUGAUAGCUAAGGCCCAAUAGUUUUAUGAUUUCAACAUAUGUGCAUACUUUCUAUGAAUACAUGAACAGGUCAGCCUCCUGGUACUAUUUCCGAUGGCUUUUAUCUCAGAUGUUGCAUAGGAAAUUUGGAUAUUUCAUGCUUCUGGAAACUCAUUAUAAGAUGGAGAGAAAAAGUUUUUUAGGCUAAACGCCACCUUGAUUUAUAAGUUUGGUGGAGGCAUUGAUGUUGAGUUAUCAUUUUUUUUUUAAAUGUAUCACAGAGAAACAAUUCAUUAUGGCAAGGCAGAACCUAAAGGACGUUAUGAUCAUGCUUGUGAACUUUUGCCCAAUCCUUUGGAAGUUCCAAUCCUGUUUAAGAGGAGGGGUGGAAGAAUAAAUUGAGGAAACCUUUUAGGUAUAGAAAUAGAUAUCAAGACCCUGAUAUCAUUACCGGAGAAGAUUAUGUAUGGGCGACCUUUUUGAAAUAUUAUUUUCCUACUUAUAUGGAAGGAGAAGUGCAAAAAAAAAAUUGAACAAGCUAUAAUAAUAGUUGAAUACCUCUGUGACACAGGUGCUGCUCUUAAGGAACAAUACCAGUACCGUACUGGUACGAUACCGGUAUGGGUACCAGUACGCACUUGGGUGCAGCUCGGGUACAUGUUUGACCGUACCGGGGUACGGUCAACGUACCCGGGUACGUAUCUGGCAUCUUUGGACUCGGUCAAAGUUGACAGAGUCGAAAACUGUCUUUAAAUUAGGGCUUUUGUUUUUUUUGUUUUUCCAAUUGUUAAACAAAAUGCAAACCUUCAACUUUUGUCAAGUGUUCUGUGUAUUACCCACAACAGCAGCACAUGUGGAGUUCUCCGGUGACAUUGGCUGCUUCGUCGACUGAUUUCCAGCGGUUUCCGGUGAGAGGCAAUGUGUCCUACGAAGGGCGACACAGCUGCUGUUGUUCAGCAACUUCUCCGUCAAUUGAUUUGGGCAUUUUAUGUUGAAGCUUCAUAUUUAAGUUUCUUUUUUUUUCCGGCAGUCUCCCAUCGUCCAGUCGUCUAUCUGUCCGACCGCAGGUUUAGAAUUGUCUGCCCUUUUUCUAUGACCUGCAUCAACUAUUUUUCUUUUUCUUCUUCGAAAAUCAUAUUGUCUGCCAUUUCUCUUUUACAUUUAUAUGCAACCAUAUGUUUUUUUCAGAUAACCAUGCAUCCGUGCAUGCUUCUAUGUUAUUUUCUGUAACUGACCCGUUCCAUUUCAGCAUUUAGCACUUAGAUUCCAGUUCCACAAUGCUGAGUUGUGGUUCAUAUUUGACUGUCUAAGGGGCUGCUCAGUUGUUUCGUAGAUGAAUUUCCUCAUUCCAUUGCAACUUUGCAAUAUAUGCAGCAGAUGACUUUGAGAUUGAUAUGUAUUUUGUCCAUAUACUUAAAGUUUUUCAUAGGUUUCUUAAACACACUGCU